GAGGCGUGUUAACCAUAAGCCACCGGACGCAGAUAUGGUCUACCCCAGACCUUACCCCAAUUUAUAUCUUAAAUUUCACCCUGACAUUUUAGAUAAAAAUGACCUUUCUUUUGUAUAAUAUGUUCAUAUAUGUAAUUUUAAACAUUACGAGGUGUGACAAUAAAAUAACGAGACUUUCUAAAUAUAACCUAAACUAUUAUCGUUAUCUAUAAAACAAUUAUUGAAAUAUGAUUAGGAAACACUUAUCUAAAAGUACUAUAAACACUGAUGAAAUUGGUUAAUUUUUUUAUACGUUAAUAACCUUGUUAUUAAUGCGAAUUUGACUAUACUGCCGAAAAAUGUUAGAUAUCAAAAUCAAACAACGUGUUAACAUUAAAUUUCUUGUUAAAUUAAAAAAAACUGUCGCGGAAUCAUUUCGUAUAUUAUGUGAAGUUUAUGGUGAAGAAUGUUUAUCAAGAGCUUGCGUUUUUGAAUGGCACAAAAGGUUUUGCAAUGGAAUAGAGGACGUGGAAGACGAUGAUCGUUCUGGACGUCCUACCACAUGUUCAACAAACGAAAACGUUGAAAAAAUCGACAAAAUUAUUCGGCAAGAUCGUCGAUUAAGUGUUAGAGCUGUAGCAGAGAUAGUAAAUAUUGAUAGAGAAAGUGUUAGUAAAAUUUUAGUUAAAAAUUUAAAUAUGAAAAAAGUGUGUGCUAAAAUGAUCCCUAAAAAUUUGACGAUUGAUCGAAAAUUCAAUCGCAAAAAAAUUUGUUCUGACACCUUAAAAAUCAUCAAAGAUGAUCCAUCUUUUAUAAAUAAUAUUAUUACGUGUAAUGAAACGUGGAGUUUUACAUAUGAUCCUGAAACUAAAAGGCAAUUCAUGCAUUGGAAGACACCAACUUCCCCAAGAAUGAAGAAAACACGAAUGAGCAAGUCGAAAUUCAAAGCAAUGCUCAUUGUUUUCUUUGACAUUGAGGGAAUAAUUUUUGUUGAAUGAGUUCCUCGUGGGCAAACUUUCAACCAAUAUUAUUAUAAAGAGGUAUUAAUUAAAUUAAGAGAACGUGUUACAAAAAAGCGACCAGAUCUGUGGAAGAAUGGCUGGGUUCUUCACUAAGACAAUGCUCCAGCUCACAGUGCACUUUCAAUUCAAAGUUUUUUAACUGAAAAAAAUCUUUCUAUACUUCAACAUCCUCCGUACUCGCCAGACCUUGCUCCUUGUGACUUCAUCUUAUUCCCAAAAAUUAAAAGUUUAUUAAAAGGAACCCAUUUUCAAACGGUUGAUGACGUAAAAAUAAAAACGGCAGAACUUCUAAAAGGAUUAACUGAAAGCAAUUGGCAACAUUGUUUUCAAGAAUGGCAGCGACGUAUGCAACAGUGUGUUGAUGCUGAGGAAAGGUACUUUGAAGGUGACAAUCAUUAAAUUGUAAAAUUUUUAAAAUAAAUAACUUUUAUUAAAAAAGUUUCGUUAUUU